AUGGUCUACCCGGAGGCGGCACGAGAGCGGGAUCUGCACAGGACUGCACUCACCCAGCACCGCAGAUACUACCAGCCAUGGCUCGAUGCGCAAUCCCUCGUCAAUGUCAACAACCAGGGCGCUGACCUUGCCCUCACCUACAAGGGCUUUCGCGCCCAGCCCUCCCGCGACAAGGCCCUCACGGCCUUUGCCCAGCUCGCCACCCUGCGACUGCAAGUGCGCCGCGCCAUGGUCUCGCUGAUAGAUUCGCAUCAGCAAUACAUUCUCGCCGAAGCUACGAAGACCCUGUCGCUCCUCGCUGACAACCGACACGAGCCGGGAGAUCAUAUCUGGCUUGGCAACACUGUCAUCUCCAGGCAAGAUGGCGUCGAGCAACACGCCUUCGAUUCGCGCUACACAGCCUCCGACGAAGAGGGCAAUACAUACACUGCUGAGGCUCUGGUGAUCCCCGACAUGACCUUGGAUGAGAAGUUUAAGGAUUGGGAAAUUGUCCACGCAAAGCCUGGCGUCCAGUUCUACGCAGGCAUACCAAUCCGAACCAGGGCUGGCCACAGAAUCGGCGUCUAUUCCGUUUCGGAUGAGAAUCCCCGUCCGCAGGGAUUGACAAUCGAUGAGGUUAAGUUUAUGCAAGAUGUCGCUGCCACUAUUAUGGAGCACCUCGAAAUGGCCAAAGACCGCGAUGACCGUAACAAGGGUGAGCGUAUGGUCCGUGGUCUAGCAGAUUUCAUCGAAGGUGUCCCCGUUGUGGAUCAACAUCCUCGGUCUGGUUCCAGCCCAGCCCUCCAGCCCGUCCAAAAUGAAGAAACGAACGGAGACAGCUUCGGCCUUAUGAGAAGCCCCUCACUCCGGAGCAGCCACUCGUCAACACUGAAGAGACAGACUGAAAAUGCCCGCAUCGAGGAACUCGAGCCACCAAAGCCAUCCAAGUCUUCAGAAGUACGCAGUCCGGCUAACUUGCCCCCACCUACCCCAACUGGCGCUACCCGUUUGCAUCGGGAAGACAGCGAGGACGAUACUACGCAGGUUUUCUACCGUGCAGCUGCCAUCAUGCGGGCUUCGACUGGCGCGGAUGGUGUUGUGUUCUUUGGGACCGUUUCUAGCGACAUCAAAGGCGCUCCAACUGCCAUGCCAGCUGGCCACCACGAACCGAGUGAUGAUUCCCAGACCUCAGACAGCGGGCCCCCUUCAAGCUCCGGAGACGGCCGUCUGAACAGGAGAAUGAAGCGGUCGCCACAGGCUCCCAGUAGCGUGCCCAAGGAAAUUUCCGGGGAAGAAAACAUUCGCCCAGACAAAUUCUGUGAAGUAAUCGGCCUAUCGACGGACCAGAGGACGCCGAGAGAGGAUCCAGUAACCGAGAAGACUUUCAACUUUUCUGAGCGUAGCAUGGAACGUUACAUUAAAAGAUUUCCUUACGGGAAAUUCUUUAGUUUUACUGACCAAGGUGCUGGCAUUUCGUCCGAUGAGAGGUCGGAGCCAGAAUUAAAACUCCGGGUCGUCCUCCCCACACCCGACUUACCACAAAAGAAAAAGAAGAAGGAAACACUAAUCCCGACAGAGCUUCUAAAGGUGCUGCCUGGCAUAAGGAGUCUCAUCUUCCUUCCUAUGUGGGAUCCAACUGUGGAGAAAUGGAUUGCCGGUGCUUUUAUCUGGACCUCAACGGCUGGUCGGUUGAUGAGCCCAGAUAACGAGCUGCCCUAUCUCAAGGCAUUUGGAAACAGUAUAAUGAGCGAAGUUUCUAGAGUAAACGCACAAAAAGCAGAUAGAGCGAAAACUACGUUCAUUGCUUCUAUAAGCCAUGAGCUUCGUUCUCCCCUCCACGGCAUUCUGGGAAGUGUCGAGUUUCUUCACGACACGGCAACCACAUCAUAUCAGGCAUCCCUCUUCACGUCCAUCGAAAUCUGCGGCAAGACUCUCUUGGACACCAUAGACCACGUUCUGGACUACGCCAAGAUUAAUAAGCUUGGUAGAGCCCACAAACGGAAGAAACACGAAGCUCGGUUCAAGUCGAUAAGUGGCAAUACUGACAAUUCAGUCAUGGGUGUUACCGCCGAGUUCGAUCUGAGCGCUCUAGUUGAAGAGGUUGUAGAGGCUGUGUGCGCGGGUGACGCCUUCAAGAAAGCUCACACCGGAGCAUUCCAUGAUUCGGGCUCCUCCAUGAAGCUCAUGAGAUCAACCUCUGAUGCUUUCGUCAAGGACUCGGUAGACAACACGCCGAAACCCGACAAUGGUCCAGUCACUAUCCUCCUCAAUGUCUAUCCUACCGGAGGCUGGAACGUCAAGACGCAGCCGGGUGCUUUGAGACGGAUUGUCAUGAACAUUCUCGGCAACGCUUUGAAGUACACGGCUAGUGGUCAUGUUACCGUCAACCUUUCAGCAUCAAAAUCGAACGAUCCCUCAAAGUUGGAAGCGCAUCUCCGUAUCGUAGACACUGGUAUAGGCAUGUCGAUGGAAUACCAAAGAACACGCCUCUUUUCGCCUUUCUCGCAGGAAGAUCCUUUCGCCGUAGGCACUGGGCUGGGUCUAAGUAUCGUCCGGCAGAUCAUUGAUUCAUUGGGCGGCUCCAUCGAUGUCAGAAGCAUGAAGAAUGUAGGAACAGAAGUGGACGUCUUCUUGAGCCUGCCGCUGAGUGCCCAGCAAGCGAAGAAUCCUGAAAGCAGUAUAAUGCCGUCUUCUCUUUCCACCAAGGGCAUGAAGACUUGCCUCCUUAUACCGGAAACGCGUUCCAUGCAAGGAAUCUACCAAGACGACAACCGCCUAAUUUCCUCUUUCAGCGAAACCUGUCACAACUGGUUCGAUAUGGAUGUCAUUGAAACGCCGAAGAUCAAUGAAAUCGAUGCAGAAAUAUUUUUCGUUACCGAGCCUUCGCUGGUUGAUACAUUAUUUCAGUUCCACGCAAGCAAAACCGGCACUUCCCCGUUGGUUAUUGUUUGUCGGAACCCUUCAGAAGAGAUUGCGCUCAAGGAAAGAGAAGGACAUCGUCUCGCGGCCCUUGGUCGGCACGUGGAAGUCGUCUCGCAACCGUGCGGCCCGCGCAAAUUGGCACGGAUUAUUUACAAUUGUUUGAAGAGUCGGUACGGAGGAUCAGAUAAACCCCCCAUCAGUCGAGCCAUUACGUCUCCACCCGCUCUGCCCAAUCAACAAGAAUCGCGAGGAGAGUCGCAAGACGAUCCUCCCAUCCAGCAUCGCACGAUACCAGUCCGCAGCCUAAGCGGGAGCGAAGCGCACUCCGGCCUCGAAGUUCCCGAGCGCAGCCUCCUCCGCGACGCAAUCCGAACAUCCAACCUCGCCAAAGCCGAAACGAACACAUCGACACCAGCACCGGUAUCGGAGAAAGACCUCCCACCCAAAUCGGAGACUGACGGCGCGCUACGCAUCCUGGUCGUGGACGACAACCCCAUCAACCUGCAACUGCUGGUCAUGUUCAUGAAGAAGCACGCGUACUCGUACACGGAAGCCAUCAACGGGCUCGAAGCUUUUGAGCGCUACAAGGAGGCGACGCAGCCGGCGCUGGAGACUACGGCAUCGCCGGGUGCGCGCCGCAGCUUCGACUACGUCCUCAUGGACAUUAGCAUGCCGGUGAUGGACGGGCUGGCCAGCACCCGUGAGAUCAGGCGCUUUGAGCAGGAGAACGGGUUGAAGCCUGCGAAGGUGGUGGCGUUGACAGGGCUGGCGAGCGCGCAGGCGCAGGAGGAGGCCAUGGGCAGUGGGGUUGAUAAUUACUUGCCGAAGCCGGUCAAGUUUGCUGAGUUGAGGAAGAUGUUGGAACGGGGGUGA